GAGAAUAAUAAAAGCUGUGUGGAAGACAGCACCCGUCCUUCUUAGGUGGGAUUUUCAUUUCACGGGCCUCUCUCUCUUGCAUCGUCGUCUUCUCUGGUUCACUGAUUCGAUUGGCUUCUGCAAUUUUUCCUCGAUAAUUUAUCAACACUUAUCAGUAACCAUGGAUGCUGAUUCUUGGGCCGCUCGUCUUUCCUCUACUUCCAGGCGCUAUCAAUCUGCUUCCCAGUCUCGAUCUGGGAUGAGAUGGGAUGGAAUCGAUUCGGAAAUGUUGAUAGGAUUCGAGGAAACCGACAUAGUGGAAGAUGAUGUCAGAGAGGAGUUUCCAUGCCCCUUUUGUUCUGAAUACUACGAUGUUGUUGGAUUGUGCUGCCAUGUUGAUGAUGAGCACCCUGUUGAAGCCAAGAACGGGGUAUUUCUUUUUCUUGAUGAAUAUGAAGUAGAUCUUUGUUUUUCUUUUUAGCUUCAGAAAAAUGGGAUAAGAGUAACAAACUGCUGACUCUGGUUGUUGUGAAAAGUUCUGUUUUUUAAUUAUCUGCUGAUCUACAGGAUAUGCGUAUGGUAAUUGUUUAAAUUGAAUGUGUAUUUUUUCAACCAUUUUCUCUCUUUUUAUAUACGAUAAACACUGCUAUGGGCAAU